ACCUCUCUCGCUUGUGUUGACAGUUUCCAGCGCUUCUGCCAGUAACUUCUGCUUAGGUCAGCUAGUGCUUCUGCUGACUGACAAUUCGGCCAUCACAGCAGACACUUCUGCACCCCUCUUAAUUGCUCCCUCCUUGUCUAGAGCAGAGCAGGGGGUAGGUUCCUCGCCAUACUUAAUAAAAACAAUCCUAAACAACUCAUAAGGCAUGGGUUACGAAACCCUUCUCAAAAUGGACUUCUUCUCUGCCAACAGUGAACUUCAUGAUUGGCACCUCGGAACCCGUCCACUCACUGAUUGGUUCACGUUUGCAAGUCACAGCCGCCGCCAGUGUCAUCAGCAAGCAUAUGGAAUAAUCUUCCGUCAAAACACAGCUAUGCACCGAAAAGUGCCAACGUACACUGAAGGCCAAGAGUUGGCACUGAAAUAUAUGUGGUGCAUCACGCAGCUAGCAGCUGCUGCCGCCCACGACGUCUUCGUGAUGGUGUACUCCUCCCUGGACGAUACCAACCAUGGUUCCAAGACAAUCAAGGACUAUUGCAAUCAGCUUGGCAUGUUCGAGGUUUACACCAGUCUCAAACAAGAUGGCUUUCCGGACAAUAUUCUAAAGGUCAGUCCAAACAAAGCGCUUUUGUAUGACCUUAAAAUAACAAGAAAGUUAAUGGAAAACUUGAAGGCUGAUAAAGUGAAGGAUGCUGUUAUAAAAGAACUCUUGGAAGUUAUCAAACAACUCGUGUUCUCUCGGAACGCCUUGUGCCAUAACCAGCUCCAAAGUCUUAGUAUUGAUGAUUUUAGGAAGAAUAUUGUGCAACUGAAGGCAUACUUGAGGACAUUAUAUACUUUGGCAGGGACAAUCUCCAGUAAUGAAACUUCAACAGACUCUUCCCUUCUCUUUUUUACCGACCAUCUCGAUGCCCUGUUUGCCCAGUGUGAACUCCACACACGCCCGCCAACCGAGAUCAAGCUCUUUUAUUUUAAUGAAAAACCGUCUACAGAUGACAAGAGCAUCCAAGCUUCCACUGGAAACAUUACAGAUGACAAGAGCGUCCAAGCUUCCACUGGAAAUGCUACAGCUGACAAGAGUGUCCAAGCUUCCACUGGAAAUGCUACAGAUGACAAGAGCAUCCAAGCUUCCACUGGAAACACUACAGAUGACAAGAGCGUCCAAGCUUCCGCUGGAAACACCACAGUUGACAAGAGCGUUCAAGUUGAGCAAGGCAGUUAUGACAAUGAUCAAAUCGCACAUCCAGGUGCUCCAAACACCUCUGUACAACAUGCAAUGCUUCUCAUCAUAAAAUCGAUACUGACCAUCCUAUGGAAUGAUCCAAUGAGCACUAGAAUAAAAGUGUUGUGCUGGGUUGUUUUGGGUUUAACAUUGACAGCAUUGCUUCUCAUCAGCAGUCUAGCCUUCACCACUCUCCUCUAUAUCAGCAUCAUGGUGAAAGAAAUCAUCAAAACCCUCUUUAGACUGGGCCUUAGACUGUGUAUGUGA